CAGUGAAAUCGUAAUUGAAUGAUGACAUUUCUUUCAAUGUUCACGUCCUAUUUGCAUGGCUGUUGAGUGCCUUCACGUAGAAAACAGUUUUAAGUAGUAAUAUGUGACUAUUACGUAGCAACUAGAAACUUGUAGAUUAUAAAGAUGUUUUCGAGAAAAGUAAGUCGGGUGGUGAAGUAUGGACUGUACGGCAGUGUAGCAAUAGGUGGUUCAGUCACCGCUGCCGUAAAACUUAACGAUGGUGAUUAUGACUCCUUGGCUAUCGUCAGACUCUCCAGGACAGCGUACACGGCAGUGGAAAUUGGGAGGACGUAUAAGUCGUUGCUCUACAGCAAGGAAUGGGAUAGAAGCUCAAAAGAAUAUUUGGAGGUCAAGAGUCAAGCUCAUCAAAUUGGGGCACAGAAACUGCUUGAGCUAUGUAAAGCCAACAAAGGUGUGUACAUAAAGGUAGGGCAGCAUGUAGGCGCCUUGGACUACUUACUGCCCAAUGAGUAUGUGAUGACAAUGAGAAUAUUGCAUAAGGAUGCUCCACAAAACACUGUGGAGGAGCUGUAUAAAGUGAUGAAAGAAGAUUUGAAACAGGAUCCCAAAGAUUUAUUUGAAGAAUUCGAGCCUGAACCACUUGGUACUGCCUCACUAGCACAAGUACAUAAAGCUAAAUUGAAAGAUGGCACAGACGUGGCAGUUAAAGUUCAACAUUUCUUUGUCAGAGACAAUGUGAAAAUAGACCUCAAAUGGAUGGAAUUCAUCAUAAACACAAUGUCAAAAAUAUUUCCUGACUUUGAAAUGCAAUGGUUAAUUGAUGAAACCAAAAAGAAUAUAGCAAAAGAGCUGGAUUUUAUACAAGAAGGUCGUAAUGCAGAGAGAGUGGCUGAAUUAUUUAAGAACUACACAUGGUUGAAGGUGCCAAAGAUUUUCUGGGAUUACAGUACUGAAAGAGUUCUUGUUAUGGAGUAUGUCAGUGGUGGUCAGGUCAAUGAUGUUAAGUACAUUGAUGAGCAUAAAAUCAAUAGGUUUGAUCUGUGUAAGAAGCUGGGUGACCUGUAUUCGCACAUGAUCUUCAUCAGUGGUUUCGUACACAGUGACCCUCAUCCGGGCAACAUACUUGUAAAGAAAGAUCCCAAAGAUAAGGAUGUUACCGUCUACCUAUUGGACCACGGUUUGUAUGCUCAAUUGACGGAAAAGUUUAGAUAUCAUUAUUCAAAGUUAUGGCUAUCAAUAAUUGAUCGCAACCGGGAUGAGAUGCGGGUUCAUGCGGAAGAACUGGGAAUACGCAAGGAGUUAUACGGGUUAUUUGCAUGCAUGGUCACUGGGCGACCGUGGGACACCAUUAUGAAAGGCAUUGGUCGGACCAGACCAACGUCUGAUGAGAAAUCAACAUUCCAAAAUGAGUUACCGAACAUUUUGCACUAUGUUACACAAUGUUUAGAGCACGUCGACCGACAGGCUCUUCUAGUGUUGAAGACGAACGAUCUUAUUCGCAGCAUUGAGUACGCUCUCGGUAUGCAAGACCGAAUGUGCGGCUUCGUUAUCAUGAGCCAGUGUUGUGUGCAGAGUGUCUACAACCUCGAGUAUAAGAAUACAUCGUCGCUGCUCAAAAAGUCUUAUUUAAACCUUAAGUUUGGCUGGUCAUUAGUGUUGUUAUAUUUCUACAGUUUAUAUUUAAAGGUACACUUUAAAUUUUCAUAGAAAUAGAAUAGCCAAUAUUAGUCCAAUUUGGGUAUGGUAAAGGGAUUUGUAAGUCUGAGCAAAGCCACUAGAAGCUUUGAAUAUAAUGUACCUACCUAUUUAUUUGUUUAGAAUAGCUCGCGAUGUAUGCACAGCGCAUUCAAAUAGUUUACUGAAAAUGCAGUCGGCUUGAAUAUGUAGAACGUUUGCUACGCACAAUUUGCUAAAUUCAGGCCAUAGUUUUGAUAGCAUUUGACAUAUUCACAAGUGAUGUUUUUCUGUUGCUGUUAUUGCAGCUACUAUCGCUAUUAGAAUCGAAUUUAUAUUUUAGAGUGGUUCCAUACAACUAUGAGCGCAUUGCUAUCGCGAUUUGCACUGACGAUGAUUGAAACUUGUCUAAUGCUAGGUAAAUGUACGUAAAUUUUCACGUUUUAUACAUAGUUUUAACAGAUUGGGGUUGUGUUUAGCAUAAUAAUAAACAAUAAUGCAGAUAGGCAAGACAAGAGUAACGUUAAUAUCCGGUAUGGUUCACAAAGGUGACAAGUUGAGAAACUUGUAACUACAAUAGUUACGCUAGUCCAAAUAAUACCUCCAAAGGCAGGCAGAGUAUUAUUUUUGUACAUAACCAGUGUUAAACUGAUAUUUGUAAAUAAUAAUCAGAUACAGCAAUUUUAUACCAUGUAUAACAUAAAUUAUUAUUAAAAUAUGAUAAUGUUACAUUGUUAAGUUUUAUUUUUGAAAUAGAGAUGUAUUUAUUGUAAAUAAA